AUGAUCUGCGUGAAUUUGUCAGCUGGUCUUAUUAGCACAUACGUUGUUCAAAUAGCUGUUCAUUUUCUAUUUCGUUUCGAAGAAACGUGCUCAUUCGCAGUGGUUCUUCAUUUAUCUAUUCGUGAUCGUUGGCGUAUUAUCUCACUGAAUUUCGAUCAAGGGCGAAGUGUUCGUCAAAUAGCUCGUCUUAUUCCUUGUAGGAUUCAAACGGUUUACAGCAUACUCGAUUUACUCGAGGAAACCGACGAUGUUCUAGAACGAAAUGGCAGAGGCCGUAAUACUCUGUGCAAUGCUAAUGAAUUUCAUACAUUACGACAAAUAUUGUAUAGAUAUCCCAGUGAUACUUCGAGUAAUAUUGCGAAUCGGCUCUUCCAUCGUACUGGUUUGCAUGUCAGUUCUCGAACUAUUCGACGCCAUCGUUCAUCAUUGGGUUUUCGUCCAGUUCAUGCACGAACUCAACCGUUAAUUAAUGCACGACAUGCACAACAACGACUAAACUUUUGUUUAUUACACGCAACAGCUCGAUGGGACAACAUUAUCUUCAGUGACGAAAAAGCAUUUGAAGUAGAUGUUCCUGUAGAACUUUUUCUAAAAAUAAAUAUUUCCACAAAACUCAGCAUGGUCGAUUACCCAUAG